UUUAACGUAUUACAUUGUCUAGUUAAACGUAACGGUCUCAACGGUCAGAGGAGGUGAUUUAAAGUCCAGUUGUCGCUCAUAUGAACCAACAGAACUCUGAUCUUUGGACCCAGCUGUCAUUUUCCAUAACGCAUCUACUUUGGUCUGAAUAAGGAACUACUGAGACCCUUUGAUUGGUGUUUUCAUAUCCUUUAACUCUACUUUAAGGAUUAAGGGUCUUCACCCGUGAAGAGUCUCUACCUGUGUGUUACUGGAGUGCAAACAUUCUCCCACCAAGCUCUGCAGCUCAGCCUCCUUUCCAACAGAAUCCUUGAGUUUUCAGAGUUACAAGACCAAGUUGGUCAAGAGUGUUUCAGACACAGAUGCCAAACUACUGAGUGCCCUUCCCAAAGUUUCAGAGUUGAAGAAAUACUUUGAGGGAUCCGUGACAAACGAUUUGGGCAUGAACAGGAAGGAGAGGAUAGCCCGGCGCCUGGAGGGCAUUGAAAAUGAUGCUCCUCCCGCCCUGGUGCCCAGUGGCUUGGUAGCAAACAGAAUGUUGGAAGAAGAUCCACCACGGUACACCCGCGCCUCUGACCCUUGUGCACCCUGUGUGAUGGUGAAGCGCUACAGUCGAGAAGAUCUGGAGGCAGCUCAGAAGCAGGUGUCAUCUCCAGACAGGUCACCUCAGGCCAAAGGUGGUGUUGGCAGUAGCCGAACAGAGCCGCUGUUGGUGUACGUUGACCCGGUGACGUUAUCCACCUCCUCCACGCCCACAUCUGGCCCCACAGACAGCUCCAGCCUCAGCUCCAAAGCUGAGCGCAUCGCCCGCUACAAAGCAGAGCGCCGCCGCCAGCUGUCAGAGCGCUAUGGCAUCCUCCUGGAUCAGGAGACAGACAUCGACUACACCCCCCGGUACCGUUCUCGCCGAGACCCCGACGCACCCGACCAACAUGUGGCCGCCAGGCGGGACAAAGGCAAGCAGGAAGUGGACGAACGCGGACAGGAAGCCAGAGUGCCCUACCGCUCUGGCGUGGGCAGGGUUUACAUGAGGACUCACCCGGACCCUGCUACUGUUUCCACCUCCAGUCCUGCCCACAGUACGCAAGCCCCUCCACACGCCACACAAGCCCCUCACCCCACCCACGAAAGGUCGGCCAUAUUUUCGGAGCGAGAAAGAGCGAUGAACAUGGAGAACUACAGACGUGGAGGGGCUCAAGAGCAGAGAACCAGAAGCCAGGAACAGCAUCCGACCCAGCCCCAACAGCACCAUCACUACCACCAUGUCCCUGCCCACCAGGAGCCAAGUUCUUCCUCCAGGGACUACAGCAUAGCAGCAGUGCCCAGCUCUCCUCGCACCGCCCGCCGGGCCUCCCUGCCCUCAACGCGCUAUGGCAUCUCACCUGGGGAUCUGUUCAUAGAGCAGCAGGCCCAGAGCAUCCUCAACAGGCAGGGCUUGGCUGUGCGUUCAAAGAGUGCCUGGUCUCUGAACACAGACUCAGAGAGUCCGACAGACACAGACUUCAGCCGGCCUUCAAGAAUCCGAGUAAGGGAUCGAUUGUCCAGGGAUGAAACUGUCCAGAGGCCCCCUGGCUGUAGUCCCGACCGGCACCAGUCUAACAGGCGACUCGCUGCUCAGUACACAGCACCGCGCCCAGAACCCCCCCAGCAAAGGUCGGUUCCACAGCCUCAGCCCAGUCCAAGCCGCCAAGCUGCCCACAGCCACACGGCCCACACUCCCUCCACCCAUGAGCCUCAACACGCUGGCCCUACGUUAGAAAAUCAGAACAAUGUCCCGGUACACACCACCAAACUUCCUGGACCCCCUGAGGUGCAACCACGAAGGAGAAUGAGUGCCGACCAAAUGUAUGCUGCCCACAGAGAGGCGAGAAUGGAGGCCAGGCAGGCGCUAAAGGAGGAGGCACAGACGGAAGGCUUACUGAAGAGCAGGAAAGCAGUUUUGCCCUCAGAGAUUCGUCGAAGAGAAAUGAGCGUGGACGACGUUCACAGAGGACGGCAUGAAGACGUGGAUUUGCAAACCUGUAGUCCAGAACGUAGGAGGACGAGUCGAGAGGAGGAAGACUGGGAUCCAGAGAGACAGAGGGAGAGAAGGAGGGAGAGAGGGAGAGAGAGAACUGUGGAAAGGAUCAGAGAAAGGGGGAAGGAACCUGUUGUGAGUCAUGACAGCCGAGAUGAGAGGAUAUUUACCUCUACGAAGCCGAGCUUUGCAUCUGUACAACAGCAGCCCAGACAGCAUCAAUUCUCAGAGCCUGUGUAUCAUCAAGAGUCCAAAGUUCAGCCGGAGGAGCCUCAGUAUGAAGCCAGAAGGAGACAAAAUGGUGCUCAGUUUCUCCAGCAAGAUCAGUCUGACCACCCAAGACAGACACAAGACCCCGAGAAACAGCAGGAACAUGAGCCCCACAGACCAGAGUCCCAUAAACAGCGAGAGCCCCGACCGGACGAUCGGUUCGAGCCACAGAGACAACAAGGUUCAUCCGAGCAAAGGUUGGACUCAGCCGUCUACCUCGACAAGGGCUCCUCCCUCCCUCAGGCCCCACACAGGAGCGUGGAGACGAGCAGAGGGCCCAAAGCAAAGACACGGACCCGCUCCAUGUCAGACAUAGGUUUGAGCAAACAUUCUGCCAUAUAUCACGUGGACAGGGCAGCGGCCAGCAGAGACACGAGCAGGGCCCUCCCUCCAUCGCUCAUGGCCAACGGGGACAUGGGCGCGCUGGACACCAGGGUGUCCGUGGCACAGCUGCGGCACUCGUAUUUGGAGAACGCUAACCGGAAGCCUGAGUUUGAGCCCACCAAAGUCGAUCUUCCAGCGGCGGAGGUGGAGCCCGCCGGAGGGGACCAGGACAGGAGCGCCCGGAGGCCCCGGCGAUACAUCACUCCAGGAGAGACCCGCGUGUCGGAGAGGUUCAGGACCCAGCCCAUCACCUCUGCGGAGCGUCUGGAGUCUGACAGGUCUCGGCUAAGCCCAUCACAGCUUCAGGAUGGAGAAAUAGAUGAAGAGAAGCUUGAUGAGAGAGCCAAGAUGAGUGUGGCUGCCAAGAGGUCUCUCUUUAGGGAGCUGGAAAGAACAUCAGAGGGGGGAGUUCCCAAACCCCGCUCUCGAAACGCUGCAGUAGAGAGGCGUCUGAGGAGAGUUCAGGACCGCUCCCACACUCAGCCCGUCACCAACAGGGAAGUGGUCAGCGCGUCAAGUGAUCCUGCCACGUCGCCACAGUCAGUGGGCGUCCACACCACUCAGCCUCGCGCUCCCAGUCCCACUGUAGUCAGCACCAGUGUGACCAGCAUCAGCAUCCAAGCCUCCUCCCAGCUGGGCUCAACAGGCCAAGACAAGGAGAAGGAUCCCCAGGAACACCAGCAUCCUGCUCACUCGCCCAGCAAUGGGGUGGAGAGAGACGGCCCGGCGCCUGUCCCGGACGAGCCCGACCUGUCCGCCCUUAGCUUGUCUGAGAAGAUGGCCCUUUUCAAUCGCCUCGCUCAGCCCACGGGGAAAAGCAGCGAGGGGAGCCGGGCAGACACCCGCCAGCGCAGGGCCAACGCCCGUUUUCAGACCCAACCCAUCACUCAGGGAGAGGUGGAGAAGGAAGCUGAGCAGCUUGUAUCCUCUGCAGCAGCUUGCAACGGCGACUUAGAGGGCAAUAAGGGAAACCAUGUGAAAAUCGGUGCUGAUAUCAAGCUUGAACCCCUGUCAGCAUCUGUGGUUCGCUCCGUAGCAGCCGUCACUUCCCACGCAUCUGUCACCACGGUUACCAUGACGCCAGGCAGCAGCAGCAUUGGCAACGAUGACGGUUUUCGCCAAGAGACGAGGUCCACAGCUAUCCCCUACAUCCCUGCCCAACAACAAGCUUCCAGCACCACCGGCAGCCACCAGGAGAGGGCGCUGAGGUACUUCUCUGUGACCCAGAGUGGGGACCCCGGCCACCUUGAGCCCGAGCUCAACUUCUCCCCCCUCCCCCCCAGGAGCCAAGAGAGAGUGGGGGCUCCUCCUGCUGCCACAUCCUUCACUGGUCACAGGCAGCAGGGGGAGGCGGCGGAGGAGCUGCGAGAGGAGGAGGACAGGGGGAGACGACAGGGAGGAGCCAGAGAAGAGAACCGAGGCGGCAGCAGUAGGCGCUCCCCCGACAGGGAGCAGGAAGGCAGGCAGCGGCAGCAGCAGCAGCAGCAGCAGCAGCAUCCCCAGCCUCAGCCCCAGCCUCAGCCUCAGCCUCAGCCCUCUGCCGAGCCCCCACUCUGGAGGGGCGAGUCCCAGCCACGGCCCGGCUGGAGAGCCACAGACGGAGGCUCCCAGGAGAGCAGAGAUAGAGCAGAGGGAGGAGGAAGAGGGAGAGGAGGCUACCUGAGAGAAGCUGUAGCAGCUCAAAGCUCCUCCACACAGGAACAGGAGAGGAGCGGCGACCGGAGCCAGGCAGGCGUCUCAGACUGGCCAGAUCAUCCUGCACCCCUGAGACCACUGAUAGCUAAGGUGUCAUCCAGGACAGUGUCUCACGUGUCAAACAACCAACAGCAGCAUCAGCAUCAAGCCGCUGUUCAGCCUCCCCAAACGCUGCCCAAGCCUGUCACUCAGGAGCUUCACUCCUCACAGCCCAGACCUCCGCCCUACAUCCAUCCCCAGCCCUACUCCCAGCCCCCGCCGACUUAUCCGAAGCCUUUCACCCACUCCCCGCAAACCCACGUCAAACCUCAGGGAUUCAUCCAGUCUGUCCCUAAGCCUUACCCCCAGCAGGCGAGCUCGGAGCUUCAGCCCAAGCCCCCAGUGGCUCCUCAGCCACCGCCCAAACCUCAGUCCUUCCCUCAGGCCCUGGUCAAGUCGCAGUCCCUGCCCCUGGACCACAUCGAGGACAGUGUCCAUUCUGGAGAUCUGCUCUCUCCCGCAGGCUCUGGAGACCGGCUGUCUGACGGCAUGUCCUCCAAACAGAUGUCCAUCAAGGAGAGAGUGGCGCUGCUGAAGAAGAGUGGUGAGGAAGACUGGAGGAACAGGAUCAACAAGAAACAGGAAGUGGUUAAAGUGGCGUCCACCGAGUCGGCUCAGCUGCUGGAGACAGAGCAGAGCUGCCAUAAGAAGGCGGAAGGGGUGGUCGUUCAGGACUACGCUGCUGUGUGUGUGUCUGAGCAGCUGUGGGAACCUGUCUUCUCUUCCACCUAUUCUCCUCCUCUCUCCCUCGGCCAAAAGUGUCAGUAUAUAGAGCAUCACAGUCAGAACAUGGGAGGGGAGAUUGAUGCCCAGAUGACCAUUGAGGAGAGGAAGCAAAUGAUUUCAACUCGUGAGGAUGCUUGGAAGACAAAAGGCCAAGGAGCAGCCAACGACUCCACCCAGUACACGGUUGCUGCCCGUAUGGUCAAGAAAGGUCUGGCUGCCUCUGCCUCUGUUAUCAGUCCCAUCCUGUCACCAGUCUCCACCAAACUCAAGAGCGGCACGCCUGCUGUCAGCAAGCCACAAGAGGAAAUUGAGGCCAGACCUGAGAUGGAAUCAGAUAAGAAACUUGACAAGUUGGAAAACUUCCUGGGACGUCUAAAUAGCAAAGUGGCAGGUCUGCAGGAAACCACCCUAACAGUGACAGAGAAGGCAGUGAAGGAAGUGAUGAAGCUAGACGACGAGCUCUUCUCCAAGUUUUACAGGCGCGUUGCUGAAUUUCCGCGAAUGCCCACCAGGAUCGAGAUCAGCGAGGACUUUGACGCCAUCUUUGGUUCUCAGGGACCCAGGCUGACUUCAGCCAUGGUGCAGCACAAGAGGUCAGUGCGCCCGUCCAGGAACGUCCAGGCGUCCAAAAACCCCCUGAAGAUGCUGGCAGCCAGGGGGGACAUCAGGCAUGAGUACACUGAGCAGAGACUCAACGUGGCACAACUGGAAAGCAAGAGAAUGAAGGCGGAGAAGACAAAUAAAACAUCAGAGUACUCUGAGGCCGCGUUGGCAGGUUUGGCCAGUAAAGAAAACUUCAGCAGUGUGAGUCUGCGCAGCGUCAACAUCUCGGAGCAGAUGUCCAACAACAGCGCUGUGCCCUACAAAAACCUCAUGCUGAUGCAAAUCAAAGGUCGCCGCCACGUUCAGACCCGAUUAGUGGAGCCACGAGCAUCUUCCCUGAACAGCGGGGACAGUUUCCUGCUGGUCACUCCAGAGCACUGCUUCGUCUGGAUGGGAGAGUUCUCCAACGUCAUAGAGAAGGCUAAGGCGAUAGAUUUGGCCACCUUCAUCCAGACGAAGAAGGACAUGGGCUGCAGGGCCAACCACAUACAGACCAUCGAGGAAGGGGUCAACCCGCAGAGUCCAGAUUCUCUGCAGUUCUGGUCGAUCCUUGGAGGCCAGAUGGCUUACCAGUCUGCCGGUUCACCAGAGGAGGACGAGCACUUUGAGAAUGCCAUUGUGGAAACCAACUGCAUCUUCAGACUGGUGGAUGACAAACUGGUUCCUGAUGAUGAUGAGUGGGGGAAGAUUCCUCGCACCUCCCUCCUGACGUCCAGAGAGGUGUUGGUGUUCGACUUUGGCAGCGAGGUGUACGUGUGGCACGGCAAGGAGGUGGUUCUGGCCCAGAGGAAGGUGGCCUUCCAGCUGGCCAAACACCUCUGGAACGGCACCUUUGACUACACCUGCUGUGACAUCAACCCGCUGGACCCCGGAGGCUGCAACGCUCUCAUACCGAGGAAGGGCCUGGGCCGCCCGGACUGGGCCAUAUUUGGCAGGCUGACAGAGCACAAUGAGACGAUCCUGUUCAAGGAGAAAUUUAUAGACUGGACCGAGGCCAAGUCGCCGACACCUAAGGAAAGCUGCGAGCUCGUACCUGAGCAGAAGGAGGCCCCUGGACGGGACUGUCGGCCUUAUGAUGUGACCCUGAUGCUUCCCGUGCUCCAUUCGUCCAUUUCCACCAUUCUGGACGGGGUAAACGUGGGCCGCGGCUACGGCCCGGUGGAGACUGAGGACCACAUGAGGACUCAGGAGAUCAGCACAGUGUCGGUGGACGUGUGGCACAUCCUUGAGUUCGACUACAGCCGCCUCCCACGCCAGAGCAUCGGCCAGUUCCAUGAGGGAGAUGCCUAUGUGGUCAAGUGGAAGCACAUGGUCAGCACAUCAGUGGGCCGUAGGCAGAACCCUGACGUGAGGAGCAGUGGGCCGGGAAAGGAGAAAUGCUGCUAUUUCUUCUGGCAGGGCCGACACUCCACUGUUAGUGAGAAGGGGACGUCAGCUCUGAUGACGGUGGAGCUGGAUGAGGAGAGAGGAGCACAGGUUCAGGUGCAGCAGGGGAAGGAGCCUCCGUGUUUCCUGCAGUGCUUCAACGGAGGGAUGAUCAUCCACGCUGGCAAGAGAGAGGAGGAGGAAGAGAACACCCAGAGUGAGUGGCGUCUGUACUGUGUGCGAGGUGAGGUGCCGGCGGAGGGCCACCUGCUGGAGGUGGCGUGUCACUGCAGCAGCCUGCGCUCCAGAGCCUCCAUGAUCCUGCUCAACAUCAACAAGGCCAUCAUCUACCUGUGGCACGGCUGCAAGACGCAGCUACACACCCGCAGCGUGGGCACCACUGCCGCGCUCAAGAUCAAAGAGCUCUGCCCCCUGGAGGCGGGUCUCCACAGCAGCAGCAAAGUGGCAAUCCAUGAGUGUGACGAGGGCGUGGAGCCUCCGGGAUUCUGGGAGGCACUGGGCAGAAAAGACAGGAAGGCCUACGACUGCAUGCUGCAGGAUCCAGGUAAAUUCAACUUCACUCCACGACUCUUCCAGCUGGGCAGCACAUCUGGAGAGUUUGUGGCAACUGAGUAUUUCCAUCCGUCCAGAGCUCCAGACCUCGUGAGCUCACUGCCGUUCCUGCAGGAAGACCUGUACGACGCGCCACAACCUGCUUUGUUCCUGGUGGACAAUUUCCACGAGGUUUACCUGUGGCAAGGCUGGUGGCCUCAGGACAGCGAGAGCACCGGCUCCGCUCGUAUCCGCUGGGAUGCAGACAGGAAGUGUGCCAUGGAGACAGUGCUGCACUAUUGCAAAGAGAAGAACGAGAAGAAGCCUCAGAAGUCGUACCUGAUCCACGCCGGUCUGGAGCCGCUCACCUUCACCAACAUGUUUCCCAGCUGGGAGCACAGAGAGGAUGUGGCUGAGAUCACAGAGAGGGAGGCUGAGGUGUGCAAUCAGAUCAUCCUGGUGGAGGACGUCUUAGCCCGACUCUGUCAGAACACCUUCCCUCUGGCCCAGCUGCAGACCCGGCCGCUCCCCGAGGGAGUGGACCCGCUCCGGCUGGAAAUCUACCUGUGCGACCAGGACUUUGAGAAAGCUUUGGAAAUGACGCGAGAGGAGUACGAAAGUCUGCCAGGGUGGAAGCAAGUGAACCUAAAGAAAGCCAAAGGACUGUUUUGAAUGGUUUUUAGUUGAAUGUGGUUUAAGAAGCGGUGAAAGAGUGGACAAAUGCGAGGGAGACGAUGCAAGGUUGUUUGUAUAUUUUAGAGGACAUCUGAGGACGUGGCGCUUGAAUCUGAAGAAAACCUACACAAUGGGACUGGUGGUGCACUCGCCUUGCUUAUAGUUACACUUUACUCAACUUUGUCAUUGCAUAACUAAAUUCAAGCUGUGAGAUAAAAACCCCUGGCUUUGGUUCAUACCUGGUGUUUGUGUGGAUUUGGAGCCGCCACUCAUGGACCUGUGGAUGAAAACCAGGAUGCUUGGAGUCAGAGUGCCAUGCUGUAGUUGUGUACGUAUGUGUGUGCGACUGUAUAUAAUGUUUGUGUGUAUAAUGUUUAUUUUUUUGUAACGUGUGUAGGCGAGUUUGUGAUUUUGUAUCUAUGUAAAAAACAUCCUGUGGUGUCUGAGGAGCGUAGUUGACGUACGGACGCUGAAGGUAACGCGUUGCUUGACUGUGUUCAACUGCUGACGCGACUCUGACUCACUGAGAGAAGAGAGACAGCAGCUUGAUGAUCUGAGUGUAUAGUGCCUUGCUUUUUGUGUACAGUUUAUAUACAGAAAUCUAGUCUGCAUUUUUAAAGACCCUUCUUUGUGAUAUAAGACAUAGUGAAAUAAAUCAAUAAUGCUAAACUCA